AUGAAACUAUUAAAAUUUCUUAAUUUGUGGAAUGAAGCAAGAGCAGAUUAUCAUGUGGCUGAAAAAUUAUCAGAGAGCAAGUCAUUUAGAAAGUUUGUAGUAGGAAUUGUAGAGUUUCCUCGAAAAAUCGCAGAUUAUUUAGUCCCUGAUCAUGAAAUUGCAGAAUUGAAGAAAAAAGAAGCAGAAAAAAACUCAAAGACUUACCUCCUUGAAGAUAAAAAUCACCCAAAAUAUGUAAGUAAUAAAAAAUAA